AUGCAGGUCUUCGCGACGUCUCCCGACCUCGAAUUGCUCUGCAGGGAGAACGGUAUCACAGCCGCUCAAUUUGCGCGGAAUAGCGAGGCAGUGACGAGUUUGGACUUGUUUCUGGGCUUUUGGACGUCCAUGAGGAGCGUCGCGUACUUCCCAGCGCUGAGGGAGCUCUCGGUCAUCAACCAGCCGACGAUCUGCGAACUCGAUGGCGUCAGCAACUGCAUCAACCUGGAGAAAUUGUGCAUUACCGAGUGUGGGCUCACAAAGAUCGCUAACAUGGGGAACUGUACCAAGCUGAAACAGCUAAAUCUGAGCUCGAACAAGAUCCGACGACUUGAAAACUUGGACGCGCUGGUGAAGUUGGAGAAGUUGUGGGUGAACCUGAACCAAUUGGAAAGGCUUGACGGACUCUGGAGACUCACGAAGUUGACGCAGCUCUGGGCGUGUCGUAACCGUAUUGACCGCAUUGACACGGCGCUCAAUGGCUGCGUGAAUCUCACGGAACUGAACUUGGCGGACAACCGGCUGUCGAGCUUUAAAGGACUGUUGUCCCUCAUGAACUUGGACCAACUUGCUGUUCUCGUGUUGAGCGACCCUCACUUUGGUGACAAUCCCGUGUGUAGGCUGUGUAAUUACCAAACGUAUUUGAUGUGCCAACUUCCCCGUUUGAGUUUCCUGGAUACCGUGGAGCUGUCUGCGCGCAACAAACAAAUAGCGGAGGCCACAAUGAUCAAGAAGAAAAUGUACUACAUAUAA